AACAGCGUCGCUCCGGCUCGAGCGUUUAUGAAGUCUCGUAGUCUUCAUGCGAGUAUAAAAAAACUUGAAAACUUCACAUUUUCUUUGAAAGUUGUUUCAACUGUGACGUUUUUGCAUCGAUAAGUGGUACAUGUCAAGUUAUUUCUCAUGAAGAAGAUGAGUCCUGUGCAAAAAGCCAUCCUAAAAGAGCCUGCUUUUUAAAUAAAUCAUAUAACGUUAACGUAGAUCCUCUGGGAACAUCCGUGUACUUUGACGCAGAAAGGAGAGAGGGUGAAAAUCAGAAAAAACGUAUCUAUUUGAGAAAGGUAGGUAUGUUUCCAGAUGCCUUAGAGGCUGCAGGACGGGUAGAGGGUUUGAAUUUGUCCCCUCCCCAGACUCUCCCGGACCCAGACGAUGAAGCAGAACUGAGACAUGAAACAAAAAGAAGAGGGAGAUAUCGCCAUAGCUUACAAAUAUUGAAGCCUUUUAGGAUCACACACAAACAUCAACACCCUGUGGACAAUGCUGGAUUUUUCUCUUUCAUGACCCUGCAAUGGCUCUCGCGGUUGGCGUGGAGGGCCCACAAAGAAUCCUGUCUCAGGAUGGAAGACGUCUGGGGUCUGUCUUGCCACGAGGCUUCAGAAACAAACUGCCAGAGACUGGAGUGGCUGUGGCACGAGGAGCUCAUGAUACAAGGGAAGGAUGGGGCGUCUCUUUCUCGGGUCUUCUGGAGGUUUUGUCAGACCCGUAUGCUGGUGGCUAUCUUCUCUCUUCUCAUCACUAUGGUGGCUGGAUUUGCUGGACCUGCUCUGCUGAUCCGAGCCCUGCUGGAGUAUUCUCAAUGCUCUGAGGUGAAGCUGAUGUACGGCCUGGCUCUGGUCGGCGGUAUUUUUCUCUUGGAGCUGACACGCUCAUGGUCUUUGGCUUUAGUGUGGGCUGUCAACUACCGCACGGCCACACGCCUCAGGGGAGCCGUGCUCACUUUGGCCUUCCAGAAAAUCCUGCGACUGCGCAACACCAAAGACAUCAGCACCGGAGAGCUGGUGAACAUUUGCUCGAGUGAUGGACAGCGGCUGUAUGAGGCGGUCUCGGUGGGCUGUCUGCUGGCUGGGGGGCCUCUUGUUGGUAUUCUGGGUCUGUCAUACACCACUUAUUUUUUAGGACCCACUGCGCUUGUCGGAUCGGCCAUAUUUGUCAUUUUCUAUCCCACCAUGAUGCUAGCCUCCCGCCUGACAGCGUAUUUCCGUAAGAAGUGCGUGGUGGUUACGGACCGGCGCGUCCGGCUGAUGAACGAAAUCUUGGGCUCUAUAAAGUUCAUUAAGAUGUACUGCUGGGAAAGUGUAUUUGCAAACAACCUCCAGAAAGUUCGAUCAGAAGAGAGAAGAAUACUAGAGUGGGCCGGAUAUGUUCAAAGUCUUACAGUGGGCGUGGCUCCAGUCAUUGUUGUGAUAGCUAGCGUGUGCACUUUUACGCUUCACAUGGCCCUCGGCAAAGAUCUCACUGCAGCACAGGCAUUCACAGUCGUUGCUGUUUUUAACUCCAUGACCUUUGCUCUGAAAGUCACACCCAUGGUGGUGCGCUCCUUAUCAGACGGAUCCGUGGCUGUGAAAAGAUUUCAGAAGCUCUUCAUGAUGGAGGACAGAGAGAUGAUCUCAUGUAAAACAGAAGAUCCUGAUAACGUGGUGGAGUUUAAAGAUGCCAUGCUGGCCUGGGAGAAGACCUGCAGCUCACAGGAGAAGAAGAGCACCAGAGGCCAGCAGAAAAGAGGAGGCAUGAAGAGGGUUCUGAAGAGAGAGAAACUGAGCUUGUACAUCAUCACAGAGGAAAACAAAGGAAAGCACGAGAAUCCCAAUGCAGAACACCUACUUACACACAUGGAGCAGGAGAGCCCGCAGAGCACCAUCUCCUCCACACAGAGCAUGAGACCUCCACUGCACAAAACCCUUCACCGCAUAGACCUGUGUGUCCAGAAGGGUUCACUGGUCGGUGUUUGUGGGGGAGUUGGAAGUGGGAAGAGCUCGCUGCUCUCCGCUCUGCUGGGACAGAUGACACUGCUUGGAGGCUCGGUGGCUGUCAACGGUGGUUUGGCAUAUGUCGCUCAACAGGCCUGGAUCCUCAAUGAUUCCCUGAGAGAGAACAUACUGUUUGGAAAAGAAUAUAUUGAGGAAAAGUACAAUGCUGUUCUGGACGCAUGCUGUUUAGUUCCUGACAUAACCCAGCUACCAUACGGAGACAUGACUGAGAUAGGAGAAAAAGGUGCCAACCUCAGCGGCGGCCAGCGGCAGAGAGUGAGUCUGGCCCGAGCGCUGUACAGCGAGAGACCCAUUCUUCUGCUGGAUGACCCGCUCAGUGCCGUGGACACACACGUGGGCUCUCAGUUAUUUCACAGCGCCAUCCGCGGCGCUUCCAAGGGCAGGACUGUCAUAUUUGUCACGCACCAGUUGCAGUAUUUGCCUGAGUGUGACGAGGUGGUGCUGAUGAAGGGGUGCAAGAUAGCAGAACACGGCACACACACCUACCUCAUGGAGAACGGACGGGACUAUGCCGCCCUGUUCAACAGCGUGCAGCAAGAGAAGCUGGUGAGAAAGAACCUGAAAAACAAGCAGAGGCCAGAAGAUCCAAGCAGCCUGCAGUCCUUUCACGCUAACGUCACGGUCAAACCGUCUGCUGAGAGCAAGAAAGGAGCUCAACUCAUGCAGGCAGAGGAAAAGGGGUCCGGGGCCGUGUCCUGGGACGUGUAUGCCUCUUACAUCAAGGCUGCUGGAGGGCUUCUGGCCUUCAUCGUAAACAUCCUCCUCUUCCUCUUCACCACAGGCAGCAUCGCCUUCAGCAACUGGUGGCUCAGUCACUGGAUCAAAGAGGGCAGCGGGAAUUCCUCGCUGGUACAGGGGAACGAGACCGCGGAGAGCGAUAGCAUGCGACUGAACCCGCACGUACAGUACUACUCCAGGGUGUACGCUCUGUCCAUGGGGGCGGCGCUGGUUCUGAAGACCUUUCGAGGGGUGGUUUUCGUUAAGUGCACCGUGCGGGCAGCCUCGGUUCUGCAUGAUAAACUAUUUAAGACUGUACUUCAAAGCACCAUGCGCUUUUUCGACACUACACCCCUGGGACGUAUUCUCAACCGGUUCUCCAGAGACAUGGACGAGGUUGACGUGCGUCUGGCAAUGCAAGCCGAAAUGUUGCUCCAGAAUCUGACAAUAGUCUUCUUCUGUCUGGGUGUGGUGUGUACGGUGUUCCCAUGGUUCCUGUUCUCCAUCAUUCCUAUGGGCGCAUUCCUCUUCAUCGUCAACAGAAUCUCCAGGGUUUUGAUUCGUGAGCUAAAGCGACUGGAAAAUAUCAGCCAAUCCCCUUUCACCUCUCAUAUCACCAGCAGUCUGCAAGGAUUGUCCACUAUCUAUGCUUACGGCAGGGGGACAGACUUCAUACACAGGUAUCAGACCCUGCUCGACACAAACCAAGCAUGUCAAUAUCUGUUCAGCUGCGGCAUGCGUUGGAUGGCUGUCCGGUUAGACCUCAUCAGUAUUUCUCUCAUAACCACCGUAAGCCUCCUCAUUGUCUUCAUGCACGGUCAAAUUCCUCCUGCAUACGCCGGCCUCGCCAUCUCUUACGCCGUUCAGCUGACCGGCGUGUUUCAGUUCACCGUCAGGCUCCUGUCUGAAACCGAAGCUCGCUUUACAUCAGUGGAGCGGAUGAAUCAUUACAUAAAGAACCUAGAAAGCGAAGGUCCAUGCCAAAUUACCGGGCCGCCUUCCUCUACGUCGCGUUGGCUGCAGGAAGGACGUUUGACCUUCCAGAAUGUGGAAAUGCGGUAUCGGGACGAUCUCCCUCUGGUUUUGAAGAAUCUCUCCUUUUGCAUCCAACCAGAGGAGACGGUGGGAAUAGUUGGUAGAACAGGGUCAGGGAAAUCUUCACUGGGCGUCGCACUCUUCAGACUUGUGGAGCUUAGCGGGGGAUCAAUCGUCAUUGAUGGUGUCAACAUCGCUCACAUUGGUCUGGAGGAUUUAAGAAGCAAGCUGUCAGUCAUCCCCCAAGAGCCAGUUCUGUUCAAUGGUACUGUCAGGUCAAAUCUGGAUCCCUGGGAUCAAUAUACAGAUGCACAGAUCUGGGAGGCACUAGAGAAAUCACACAUUAAGAACAUGGUAAUCCAGUUGCCUAAUUCACUGCAUUCUGAGGUGACUGAUAAUGGAGAGAACUUCUCUGUGGGAGAGAGACAACUGCUGUGUGUGGCCAGAGCACUUCUCAGACACAGCAAGAUCCUGCUCUUAGACGAAGCUACAGCUUCCAUUGACACAGAGACAGACCAUCUCAUACAAGACACUAUUCGAACAGCAUUUAGUGGCUGUAGCACGCUGAUCAUUGCCCAUCGUCUCAACACUGUGCUAAACUGUUCCAGAAUCAUGGUUCUGGACCAGGGUCAGAUUUUGGAGUUCGAUACCCCUUCAAACCUGCUCGCCAAUGAAAACUCUCGUUUUCGUGCCAUGAUGGCGGCAGACCGAAGAAACUGCUAAGAACAUGCACUAAAAUGAAGAGAGACAAGAUAGUCUUCUAACCUGCUGAGAAUAAGUUGCAGACUAAAGAUUAUUGAAGCUGCUAACUGCAAAACUGAGUGUUUGUUGUUCUUUACUACCAUGAGAAUGUUCUAGUUAACAGACAUUUUGAGGCGAUAUGGCGUUGUGAAGGAGAGUCUUCCAAUGGGAAUUUUCACAUUAUGUGCACUUUAUUUUCCCUCGGAGGCAGAUUAAUCCUGACCGCAACUAGAGUGUCUAUACUCCUGAAAUUGGUACUGAACAAGUGUUUUGAGUGCAUUUCUCUUAAAAUUCUUUCUUCUUCCGGAAUUUGAUAGAAGACAUUAUUGCACAGUGAUAUGUAUUUAUUUUUUUCAUGUUUUUCUUUAUUUGUUAUUGCAUGUAAGAUAUGUAGUGACCAUACGGUAAGCUAUUGAUUUGCCUUAAAUGUAUCUGACGUUCUUAAGUCCACUUACUGGACAAGAAUGAAAAUCCAACCAAAGAUUACAUUCAGAUAACGCUUAGCAGUCAUUCCAAACAUGUCAACAGAAAACAGAAAAAUGUUUGUUUGUUUAUUUGCUGUAUUUUUCAAGAGCAAGUUUUGUGCCUCUUCUGUUAUUUGAGCUACAAAACAUGUCAAAGACAAUUGUGCAAUUCGUUUUUGUGAACAAAACAUACAAUGUGAAUCGUGAAAAAUUUAUUAUCAAGACACAUAUGCUUUUAAACUCUUUGAUUUAUAAAGAGCUAACAAGUUUCAUAAAAUCUUUUAUAAAUCUUUAAGUUAAGUUUUUGUUGAAAAGCUUAAAUUUAAAAAUUGCACAUGUUUAGGUACCUUAAUUAUGCAACGUUUUGGAUAAAUAAGCCUAUCGGGAAUAUAAAUAUAUUUUUGUAUGUAUGCCACACAAUGCAGUAUAUAUAUUCAGAUAUUCAUCUUGGAAAAAUCAAGAAGUAUAAUAAGUUUUCAUAAUUAGAUAUUACGUUAAUCAUAAAGAGUUGCCUUGGUUAGGGUUGGAUUAGGAUUUUGCAAUUGUUUAACGUUGCUUGUUUUAUGACUGUUGUAAAAAUGCGUUAUUACGUGAAAUAAAGAAUAUUUAUGGAUAUAA